UACUCGCUACAGUUUCUCCCAACACUACAUCGUUUUUGCGGAAACCUUGUUUUCAGAUGUUAUCAUCGUUUUCUCUGUAAACUACAUUAUAUUACUACUUAGUUCAUAGGAACAUUGGAUGAUUAAUUUCAUGUUUAAGUAAAUUUCACGAUACACGCGCUACUGAAAUAAGGAUAAAAAAGAUAAUUAUACUUGGUUGAAAAAGUUAAUUACGUGAAAGAAACAGAUUAAAAUCUUGCAAAAAUAAUUUAAUUUAUAUUAAUGCGGUAGAAAAUAUAUCGAACGCGACAUGUUGUUAAUGAGCAGAGCACGCCAUAUUGCUACAGAAAACCACAGUGCGUGACGUUAAAAGUCUUGAGAUAGAGGAAAGUGACACCACGUCAAUGUUUUAUCGUUACUUGUAGGUCACUAUAACUCCUAGUGAAAUAGUAGGUUAACCUUAAUACAUGUUUGUUUAUAUCUGACAUUUGGAUACUGAUACAGUGUCACAAUGGUUGACAGGUUGUCGGACGCGAAAGUUAAAGAUUAUCGUCGAGUAUUUGAUGAGUAUAAAACAGGAAACAAUAUCGUCGAGUACCGGUAUCUGGAGAAAAUGCUUCGUAAACUUGGUUAUGAUCCUUCAGAAAAUGAUAUGGAGUCGGUGUAUGCACAUCUAGAUGUUUUCUGUAAUGGUGAUGUAAGCUUCGCUCAGUUUCUCACAUUAAUGGCGAACAAAUUCAAUACAGGAGGGACAGAAAAUGAAAUGAAUGAAGAAAAAGAAGAAGAUGAAGAACUCCUUAAUGAAAUGAAAGCUGCUUUUAGAGUGUUUGAUGGUGAUGGAAACGGUUUUAUUAGUCAAGCUGAGUUGAAGCAUACUCUGAUCAACAUGGGGGAGAAGUUAAGUGAUGAUGAUAUAGAGGAUAUGAUGAAAGAGGCAGACACUGAUGGUGAUGGUCAGAUAAGUUUCCCAGAAUUUUGUCGGAUGUUAACGCUUCAAGAGUUGUAUGGGUGAUUCUAUUCACUAUUUCAAUGUUGUGAUCUGGGCAGCUUGGAAAUCUCGUGCUUAUUCAUUGUGUUAUAUCAUUACUGUAAAUCACAAGUGAUAAACAUUCGUUGCUAUACCAGUUGUGUUUCACUAAGUGCCACUCUGGACAUGAUAUGAACAGUGGACUUAACUUACGCAAUAUAAUAUAAACCUUUUUUCAGGAAAAGGUAAUUAAAUCAGAAAUAUGCUUGUGAAGUAUUUGUGACGCUUCAUUUAUAUCGUGAUGUAGAUAAUGCUUCUGACGAAAAGAGGACGUUUCUGAUGUUGCAUAUUUCAUGAUAUAAAACUUCAUUGUUCAAUGUAUUAUGUUCACCUUAAGUUAUUUUUGUUCGGUUUAUUUACUGCCGCGUAUCGUUUACCCAUACUGUGACGCCCCUGAAGAGUAAGUCAUUAUUUUCGGAUUUGUGUAUGGAUACCGGGGUACAUUGGACCGCGGUUUUUAAAAGACUCGGGAAGUCGAACCUGCAAUCACUGGAUUACUAGUCCAAUGCAUAACCACUUGACCACGGAUCUGCUCCAGCUUUCUCGUUAGUGGAGGCAAUUGUCUGAUUUAAUUGUUUUAUUUCAGUAAUGAUUGUGUAUAAUAAAUGAAAGAAUUAAUUAGUAAAUACAGAUUAAAAAAUACAAAUUCAAAAUCUUGUCC